AUGGACACUCACAUCUACCAGAUGUUUUCAGAUGAGUUGCCUACAACUAUUCCCAACACAUCAAGGAGGCAUGCAGUCAUGGGUCUAGCCUCUCACCAUCAUGAAGCUGAGUCUCACCAUCACCACCACGAAGCUGGAUCUUUCCUCAGGCGUGUCCACCGUGCCAUCAUGGCCCUUGGCUUAUUGGAAGGUUGUGCUGUUGCGUUUGUUCUCAUUACAUCAACUGUCCAGGCCAGCUCCUCUGAGAAGGAAAAUUCAGGCGAUGUCAAGGAGCUUCUUCCUGAUGGGUCUGUCUUGCAGGUCUAUUGCCAUCAUGAAGCUGAGUCUCACCAUCACCACCACGAAGCUGGAUCUUUCCUCAGGCAUGUCCACCAUGUCAUCAUGGCCCUUGGCUUAUGGGAAGGUCAUGCUGUUGCAUUUGUUCUCAGUCCAUCCUGCAGCUCCCAGAUGCCAAAUUGCCAAGAUGAUAAUAUCAACUUCAAGAUCAUCACGCUGCACUCGCAUUCAGUUUUGACCCUUGUGCCCCAAGACCCUCUUCAGUCUCUCCCACAACCCCAGUGGGACCUCCGAGUCCACCUGCCAUCCCACAUCCUCAUUCACCUCUGUGAGUGCACAAGCAGCAGCCUCUGUCCACCAGCAUUUUCGCUCCUGCCUGCAACGCACGUUGGAGUCCAUUGA